ACCACCUCCUGCUCCUCACACUCUGUACUUCUUCUCUGUGGCCAUUUCCUGUGCUCUGCUCUGUCAGUGCGGAUUAACGAAGGAACAGACGCUCAGCAGCUUCUUAAAUCUGCGAAUAUGUCCAACACGCUUCCCUCCUCGUCAGCAGAGAAGCCGACCCAGGAACCAGACAACCUCCACGACCUGACUGAGCCUCUCAUCGACCACACAGAGGGACAACUCUUCCUGAAUGAAACCCUCAAGAUUAUUAUAGAGGAGGUGCUCAGCAAGGGCACAGACGUCAGGGAGAAGGUCUGUGAGUGGAAGGAGCCGGAGCAGCUGGCUCUGCUGCUGGACCUGGAGCUGAGGGCGGCGGGGGAGCCACAGCACAGGCUCCUGCAGAGAGUCAAGGAUGUCGCCAAGUACAGCGUCAAGACAAGUCACCCACGUUUUAUGAACCAGCAGUUCGGUGGAGUUGACUACCAUUCCCUGGCUGGACGGUUUCUCACUGAGUCGCUCAACACUAACCUUUUCACCUAUGAGGUGGCCCCUGUGUUUGUGCUGAUGGAGACUGAGGUUCUGAGGGGGCUGCGUCAGCUGGUGGGCUGGACCGAAGGAGACGGCCUUUUCUGCCCCGGGGGGUCGACCUCUAACAUGUACGCCAUGAACCUCGCACGCUACCGACUCUUCCCAGAGGUCAAAACUCAGGGGCUGUGGGGUCUCCCCCGACUCACCGUCUUCACAUCUGCAGAGAGCCAUUACUCUGUGAAGAAGGGGGCUGGGUUUCUGGGUUUGGGGACAGACAACGUCAUUGUGGUGAAGGUGGACGAUGGAGGGCGAAUGAUUCCAAGUGACCUGGAGGAAAAGAUAACACUGGCAAAGUCUCAAGGUGCAGUACCAUUCCUUGUGAGCUGCACUGCAGGCACCACAGUUCAGGGAGCCUUUGACCCUCUGGACCACAUUGCUGAUGUCUGUGAGAAACACAAGCUCUGGCUGCACGUAGACGCCGCCUGGGGAGGGAGCGUGCUCUUCUCGAAGCAACACAGACAUCUGAUGAAAGGUGUCGACAGAGCAAACUCCGUGGCCUGGAAUCCACACAAGAUGCUGGUGGCUGGCCUGCAAUGCUCCGUCCUGCUGUUAAGGGACACAACGAACUUGUUGAAGCAGUGCCACUCUGCAAGUGCCACAUACCUCUUCCAGCAAGACAAGUUUUACGAUAUCAAUCUGGACGUCGGGGAUAAGUCUCUGCAGUGCAGCCGCAAGGUGGACUGCCUGAAGCUGUGGUUGAUGUGGAAAGCUGUUGGCUCCGAUGGUUUGGCCGAGCGUGUAGACAAAGCUUUUUUCCACGUAAGUUACCUGGUGGAGCAGAUGAAGAAAAGAGAAGGGUUCCAUCUUUUGGGUGAGCCUGAGUUUGUGAACGUGUGCUUCUGGUACAUACCGCCCAGUCUGAGAGGGAAGGAAGGAGAUGCUGAUUAUCAGGACAGGCUCGCAAAAGUGGCUCCCGUCGUCAAGGAACGCAUGGUGAAACUAGGCACGAUGAUGGUCGGCUACCAGCCUCUGGCAGACAGAGUCAACUUUUUCCGUGCCAUCGUUUUCUCGCCCCUGAUUUCUCAGCCAGACAUGGACUUCUUUCUCGAUGAAAUUGAGAGACUGGGAAACGAUUUGUGACCGAGAAACACAAUUUAUCAGAUUUGAACCCCCUCUUUCCAUCUGAGCUGACAAUUUUGUCUUUCACAAAUUAUAAGAAGCGAAGUCGCUGUAUUUCAUUUCUCAUUUUAAACAGCUGUAGUAUGAGCUCUGAAUUCUGAAAGUCAUAGAACAAAAUAUUAACAAUGAAAGAAUCUAAUUAUAGAUAAAUUAGAGUCCUACUUCUUCCUAGCACAUGUUUGUGGCUUGUAUUUAAAAAAAAUUUAAUUGAAUUAAACAACUUUUCUGAGA